AUGGAGCCUAUUAACUCUUCACACUACCCAGCCUCGAGAGCAGCAAAUGUAGCAGAGAACUACAUCAACUACAAGAUGGGGACUCCGCACCAACUUUUUGAACGGCAACAGGUGACAAGUGCAAGCAAAGAGAGCAUUGCUGGAGUGGGUAAUAAAUAUCACCUGACAUUUUCCAUAAAAGAUACUCUAAAUAAGGAACCUGAAAUCAAGAGCACUGCAGAGGUAUUGUAUUACAGCGACAAGAGCUGCCCUCCUGAUGUCAAAUUUACCUUACAAACCAAGCCACGGAAUUCUACAGCAGCUAAGGACCUUGAAUUUUACACAAGAAUGAUAAACAAUAAACAACCGCUAGUAGCUGAAGAGCUUCCAGAUAAGUUUGGCAAUGUAGCACCAGAUAUGGAGCCUGUAAGGAAUCUGGGGAUAGCUGCUGCUGGUUUCGUCAAGUGGAAAAAUGCAACAGAAGGGACAUUAUAUUCGAUGACAGUCAUUAAGAAGGUUGAGCAACAGAUGAGAGAUGACACCGCGCUGGAAUUUCAUUACAGUUUACUUAUCCAUGAAAUGGUUACUCAGGAAAUGAUUCCAUUCCAAAUGGAAGUCACAUGGAAUCCAACAGAAGGUUUAAAAAUAAAAAACCAGAAACGGCUCCCAAAAAGCAAUUCAGAAGAAAACUAA